AUGAAGAUACUUUUUUACGUGCUAUCUAUUCUGGUCUUCGUCGCAGUACGAUGCAACUCAGAGGAAGACUGUAGUCUUCAGGGUGAAGCUUGCCGUGAUGGUGGCAAUAUGGUUGAUCGUGAUUGCUGUCCUGGCUAUCGAUGUGUUCCUGUAUUCCUACUAAAUAGAAAGCAUUUUUCAACAGCUACAUCAACAGGCACGUCCAUGAAACAUUUGAAAAAUACAUUUUCAUAUAUCCAGCUUUGCACAAUCGAAAAUUUUUAA